GAAUUGAAAGAACCGGAAGGCAGGCAGUAUUGAAAGGAUAUGGAGAUGGAUCAAGUGCUGUAUCGAUGCUGGGUGGGAAUUCAGGAUACAGCGUAGGUAAUUUGAUCAGAGGAGUAAUAAGAUUUGCAGAAAUUCCAGAGGGAUGUAUCAUAGAUGGUACAAUUGACGGUUUAACUCCAGGCGAGCAUGGUAUGCAUGUACAUGAAUGUGGUGAUAUAUCUAAUGGUUGUGAAAGCGUAGGCGAACACUUUAACCCAAAUAAUUCACCCCAUGGUAGCCCCAAAGAUGAUCUGUCCAAGAGGCAUGUUGGUGAUCUUGGAAAUAUCCUGGCAGAUGCUACUGGCAGAGCUACUUUUCGAAUGACAGACAAGUUUCUUAAGGUACCUGACAUCAUUGGCAGAUCUCUUAUUAUUACCAAGGAUCCAGACGACCUUGGUAGAAGUGACAGUCCGGAAUCUAAAAUAAAUGGAAAUAGCGGCGCAAGAUUGGCUUGCGGUAUUAUAGCCAGAUCAUCCGGAUUAUUUCAAAAUAUGAAGAAAAUUUGCGCAUGUGACGGCUUGACGAUAUGGGACGAGAGAGAUCGAGCACUUAAUUAUGCAAAUUUGUAACUAACACAAGGACAGUGUGAUUAAUUUAAAAAUAACUCGCACAAAAAACGGUAAAAUAACGG